AUGACGAAUGGCUUUCGACCGGCUCUUUGCCAAGCUUCAGCUUUCAUUGUCACUCUCUUUGCCUAUGCGUCAAUAUCCACAAUCGUCAUAUUGAACAUCGAAAAAUGCAUACAUAUUUGCUUUCCAUGGUUGAAAAUAAAGAUGUUGGCUUCACGCUCCACCUGUCAGGCGUUCUUCAUCUGCUUUGCCUGGGGCUAUGCAAUUUUCUGGGCAAUAUUUCCAUUGUUCAAAUGGAACGACUACAGUUUGUUUGUUUUCAGUAGCUGCACUAUCAACUGGGAUACAGGUGAUAAAAUUCAUAGAAACUUUGUCAUCUGCAUCAUGGUAUUCUGUUUCAUUCUCCCGUUUGUUUUGUCCAUCGUUUGCAAUAUCUUAUGCAAGAGAACUCUGCAGCUGAUGAAGCGCUACGCACGGGCGCAUUUUGGUCCUCACUCUGCAGAGGUGAUCCAGAAUGCAAAAGCAGAGUCAAAAACUGCCCACAUUACUUGGGUAAUGGCCAUGGCCACGCUGUUUGCUUGGACACCGUACUCGGUACUCUCUCUACUGAGAUUUUGCAGUGCGAAAUUCAACAGCGAUGUUUACGAGACCCUUGGACAGAUUAGUAGCAUAAUUGCAAAAUCUUCAUGUAUGCUAAAUCCAAUUAUCUAUGCUUUUGAAGUCAAAGCCUUUCGGCAGGAAUUGAGAACGAUGCCAUUUGAAAUAUACCGCUCGUUUGCUGGGAAUGUUACACGGAACACCAAGGCAAGUGCAAAUGUAAGUAACAUUAGUGGCACCGAACUAUAGGGAAUGGAAGCAGUCAUACGCCAUAGUCAGAAAAUGCAGAUACUUUUACUUCAUGUAAUAAAGAGAAAGGAAAAGAUUGACUCAACCUGCUAAUUAUUAAUUUUCUGUUUUUCUUAAAUAUUGUAUAAAAGUUUUUAUAGUUACAAGUGUUUGCAUUUCGACAACUGAAAUAUAUUGCGAGAAAAUUACCGUUCGGUUCAGGGGCGGAUCCAGAAAAGAUUCGAAGGAGGGGCAGUUGGUAAUGGGGGCGCUGAAAAAUUUUCAGAAAUUGAUGACGAGUGUACGCUGUAUUCACUUUGUAGGGAAAUUGUUCACAAUACACUCUUUUUUUUAUAAGAACCAGUAAAUUUAAAUUCAGGCUCAUUGUUCUUAAUUUUUUCCGAAAAUCUGAGGCUGGAUUGUUCUUAAUUUGUUCUUAAAUUUAUAGGGUAUAAGCAGUGCGAUUUCUAGCUUUUCGUUCUGGGGAAUUGUUCAGGCCUCUUUUGCCAACAAAGUGCGUAGAGACAAACUUAAUUUGCCGCCAUGUUUUAAUAUUCACCGAAAAAGCACCCACGCAUGGCUGAAAAUCCUCGUUUUUGAGAUAAAACGUUGUUCAAAAUUUCAUUUUACAGU